AAUCGUUUCGUUGGAGGUCACCAACUUCAUCGGAGAAUAGUUCCUUGCCUCCAAAUACUUCCUCUGAUGCAAAUAGUCAGUUAGGCACACGAGGCACACCUAAAUGUUCAAUCUCAAUAUACAUUUUUAAACAACAAACCAUUACCACCUAACACUGCUAACAGUAUCUGAACGUCUGGCACCACUGUUCAGGAUAAAAAAUAUGUCGACGACGUGUACAUAAUGUCAAAAACUAUUUGUUUUCCGAGAAUAAUUUAUAAAUAAACAGCAAAAUGGACUUUCUAAAAAGUGGUUUGAAAAGUGUACUUGGUGCUCCCGAACCAGAAGAACAGCAAUCCGGUGCCGAAACGGUUGAGCGGUUAGUGGAUCGAGUCGCAACCGCAACACUAUUAGAUGACCGUCGAGAUGCGUGCCGUGCCCUCAAAGCUCUGUCACGUAAAUAUCGAAUCGAAGUGGGUGCUCAGGGAAUGCCAGCCCUGUUGCAGGUGCUUCAAAUGGACAAAGCUGAUUGUGAGAUAAUCGGCUACGCUCUGGACACACUGUGCAACGUCACGUCACAGGAACAAUUCGACGAAGAGGCGGACAAUCCCACAGUGACCGUAAAUGUUGGCGAACAGUUUACCGAAAUGUUCAUCAAAUCGCAAGAGAAUGUCACGGUUGUGCUGGACUUCCUGGAGGAAUUUGAAUUUAAAGUUCGAUGGCCGGCGAUUAAAUUGUUGACCGGUCUUCUAGCGAACAAACACAAAGAGAUCCAAGAGAUCGUUCUCGUAAGCCCUAUGGCUGUGUCGAAACUGAUGGAUCUUCUGAUCGAUAGCCGUGAGGUCAUACGUAACGACGCGCUGCUGUUGCUCAUCCAAUUGACCAAAGGGAAUGCAAACAUUCAGAAAAUUGUCGCAUUCGAGAGUGCGUUCGAUCGCCUGUUUGAUGUAAUCAGAGAGGAGGGAGGUACUGACGGUGGUAUCGUUGUCGAAGAUUGCCUGAUUCUCAUGCUGAAUUUGCUGAGGAAUAAUUCGUCGAAUCAGCAAUUUUUCAAGGAAGGUUCGUACAUUCAACGAUUAGCACCGAUGUUCAUCAUGCCACCGGAAAUCGACGAGGUUGGUCUUUCGCCGCAGAAAGUAUCCAACAUGCACUGUAUGCUACAGAUUGUUCGAGCGUUAGUCAGCCCCAGUAACAGUCAAGUGAACAUUUCGUCGUGCCAGAAAACUAUGCGAACCUGUGGCCUGCUGGAAGCAAUGUGUAACAUUUUAAUGGGCAGCGGUGUUCCGGCUGAAAUCUUAUCGGAAACGAUAAACUGUGUCGGUGAGGUGAUUCGCGGUGACAUGACGAAUCAGGAAUAUUUUGGAUCAAUAAUGGCCCCAAGCAAUCCACCUAGGCCGGCAAUCGUGGUGUUACUAAUGUCUAUGGUAAACGAAAAACAGCCGCUAGCACUGCGAUGCUCGGUCCUGUACUGCUUCGAAUGCUUUUUGUAUCGCAAUGAAAUUGGUCAGACAAAUUUGAUUCAAACACUUCUGCCAUCCAGUUCAGACGUGUCGACAUUAACCGCCGGUCAACUGUUGUGCGGAGGUUUAUUCAGCACAGACUCGUUAGCGAAUUGGUUUGCUUCCGUGUCGCUAAUGCAUGGCUUGAUCGAAAAUCCCGUACAAAAGGAGCAGCUUCUGAGAGUGCUGCUCGCAACAUCAGUUAACAGUUCACCGAUAUCGUUACUGCAGCAAUGUACCACUCUGUUGCAGCAGGGCAACUACAAAUUUCAGAGCAAAAUCGGUUUGUUGAUGUUGUUGAGCACUUGGCAGUGCCACUGUCAAUUGGCCGUGAAAGCAUUUUUAUCGGCACCUGGCAGCAUCGCAUAUCUUAUCGCACAAAUUAGUGCAAACGAGCACGAUGAAAAUGAGUUUCUGGUGCAAGGUUUGUGUGCCUUUCUGAUGGGCAUCUGUAUACAGUUCAAUGACAAUUCGGUGACGAAUUACAAGCGGGAAGAUUUGUGUCAACUGCUUGUUAAACGAAUCGGACUAGAAUUGUACAACAAGAAGCUGGGUGAAGUAUCGAAGCAUGAGAGUUACAGCAGGGCGGCCAAACAACCACAAAUCAAUAUCAAAAAUGCUGGCGACCUGAUGUUGGACUUUGAAUUCUGCAAGCUUUUCAAAGCUUUGGAAGCUGUCAUCGUCAAAACAGUGAGUGGCAUCGGUAAAGAGCCCAAUCUAACUGAACUCAGUCACGAAGCAUCUGGUCUUGUCGGCCAAUACAAGGACAUAAUACGAGAGCAAGACUAUAAACUGCAAACGCUGCAAGAUUCCAUUAAAAUCAGUCGCGACGAGGUCGAAGCGCUGAAAAUUCAAUUAGCCGAAGCGCAACAAACGAAUUCCCAACUGUACGAUCAGAAUGUGCUGCUGAAAGCUCAACUGUCGGCCACGACCGGUGGUCAUCAUCAAAAUAACAACACCGAAAAAUUGCGCAAGGACAGCAUCAGUCAGAACACACAGAUCAGCUUCUACGAAUCGGAGAAUAGUCGUCUCGUCAAGGAGGUGGAUCUCUUAAAUAGUAAAUUGAACGAAGCACUUGAAAUGACGGAGCAAAGUUUACAUCUGUCGGAAAUGGGCCGAUUGCGUAAAGAUCAGGAGGAUCUGAUGGAAUUGUUGACCGAUCAGGAAUCGAAGAUCAACAAAUAUCGUGCAAGAUUAGUCGAACUAGGACAUUCAGUAACCGAUGAUGACAGUGACGAGGAGUGAUUUCGAGUCAUUUUUAUUUGGAAAAUUUCUUUUGUUUGAUUUUCGUUUUUUGUUUCAUUUUUUUUUUGUUGGAUUCAAUAAGCCAAGAGGAGGUAUUAUUUAUAAAACGAACGGGGACAGUGGCAUAUAUACAUACACCCUAUGCGGUAAGCUGUAAGUGAGCUAUAAAAACCAUCGCUACCUAAAUUCUGUUAUAAUUUAAUGAAAAAUAUAAAUUUAAUGACGUAACAAAUGCCAUA